AAUUAAAAAAUGAGACGAUAAAAAACAAAAAAAGGCACGAUUUGUAUUCAGCCAGGCAGCCAGCCAUUCCAAGAAAGAAAGAAAAACCUGAAAAAGAAGUUGGCGUAGCUCCAGCAGUAGUCAUGGCGUAUGCUUCUCACCUAAUCAAUCACUCAAAGAAGUUAAGAAAUGUGGUUUCCAGCUUAAUGCGGCAUGAUCACGCCAGUUUGGCUCGUUGGUUGUCAAAUGAUUCUCACCUCUCUGCUGAUGCAUGGAAGGUUAUGGAAAAAAGGAGGUAUUCAAGCACUGCUAAUCACGCUGUAACGUCAUUUGGUGCAUCUAGGAAAGAUGUUUCUAGGAUGAUAAUGAAAGUUGGAAACCCAAUUUCUGGACCACUAUUAUCAAAGGAUUUUUCUUGUUCACAGGUAUACUGGAAGAGAGGAUUUUCAUCUGAUUCAGGUCUUCCUCCCUACCAAGAGAUUGGAAUGCCUUCACUCUCACCCACAAUGACAGAGGGUAACAUAGCAAGGUGGUUGAAGAAGGAGGGUGACAAAAUUUCACCCGGUGAAGUUCUCUGUGAAGUUGAAACUGAUAAAGCAACUGUUGAGAUGGAAUGCAUGGAAGAAGGUUAUCUUGCAAAGAUAUUAAAGGGAGAUGGGUCAAAAGAAAUUAAACUUGGCGAGGUAAUUGCUAUUACUGUUGAAGAUGGGGAAGACAUUGCAAAAUUUAAGGAUUACAGUCCUUCAACAUCAGGAAGUGGUGAUACUUCUGCUAAAGAGGCAUCUUCUCAUGCCCCACCUGAGAAGGAGGAGGUUGAAAAACCAGCUAGUCCACCAGAACCGAAGGUUUCCAAGCCCAGUGCAGCUCCCAAUGGAGAUCGCAUUUUUUCCAGUCCUCUUGCAAGAAAAUUGGCUGAAGAUCAUAAUGUACCGCUCUCAAGCAUCAAAGGAACGGGUCCUGAUGGCCAUAUUGUGAAGGCUGAUAUCGAAUAUUACUUGGCUUCACGAGGAGAGGAAGUUCCAGCAACAAAGCCGGUGACGAAGGAUACCCCAGUUCCUACUUUAGAUUACGUAGACAUCCCUCAUUCUCAAAUAAGAAAGGUGACAGCUUCAAACUUGUUAUUCUCAAAGCAAACUAUUCCACAUUAUUAUUUAACAGUGGAUACAUGUGUUGACAAACUUAUGAGUUUGCGGAGCCAACUGAAUUUGUUACAAGAAGCUUCAGGUGGGAAGCGAAUAUCUUUAAAUGAUCUUGUAAUCAAGGCUGCUGCUUUGGCUCUGAGGAAAGUUCCCCAGUGCAAUAGUUCAUGGACUGAUAACUAUAUCCGCCAGUAUAAUAAUGUUAAUAUCAAUGUAGCAGUACAGACAGAUAAUGGACUAUAUGUCCCAGUUAUUAAGGAUGCAGACAAGAAAGGCCUGUCCAAGAUUUCUGAUGACGUGAAGAAUUUGGCCCAAAAAGCUAAAGAGAAUAGGUUGAAACCAGAAGAUUAUGAGGGAGGCACAUUUACUGUUUCCAACCUGGGAGGGCCCUUUGGCAUCAGACAAUUUUGUGCAAUCAUUAAUCCUCCUCAAUCAGGCAUUCUAGCGGUUGGCUCUGCUGAGAAGAGGGUCAUCCCUGGUUCGGGUCACGAUGAUUUCAAAUUCGCUUCCUUCAUGUCAGUGACACUAAGCUGUGAUCAUCGUGUUAUAGAUGGUGCAAUCGGUGCUGAAUGGCUAAAAGCUUUCAAAGGCUACAUUGAGAAUCCCGAGUCAAUGUUGCUGUAGAUCACUCGGUGGCUGCUCUCUUCAUUUCUUUCAGUAGUCAUCUCUGUUUUGGCUGUGAUUAACACCAGAGGUACUUGAUGUAAUCCCAAUUGUCAUUGCUGAGUUCUAUUUGUUUGGCGUUUAUGUAUCACCAUGAAACUCUUUAUAGCAACAACAUUUGGUGGAAUAACCGAAUAAGUGGGGCAUUGAGGCUUGAACUGCAAACUCAAUUUUUGCCCUCGCAGAGGGUAAUAACCCCCCUUUUUGCGGGUUCUGACUCCUUGUAAUUCUGAUAACACAUGGCUUUGCACGGCAUUCUCUUAACCCAUUCAAGGUGAAAUGUCUUCGAGAAUAUAGUUUGACAACGCUUCGUUAUGAUAAUCAUGGAUUUGGACGAGCUCAUUUCAGCAUCAAGUGAAAUUUCCAUGUUUCCAGUUUAGAAAUCGUAAUUUGCUUCUCCCCAAGUCUGGAGGCGAGAUUUUCCCAUCAGGACACUAAAGUCACCAACUUGUAAUUCCCAUGGAAGUGAAUGCUUUCAUGUUUACUCCAAUUAUUUUAGCUGGGAUAUUAUCCA